AUAACCUUCAGUUGACAACUCGACGUGUAAGAAAGCAUAACCUAUUAAAUCUGUGAUUACUAUAAAGUUGUAUUAAAUUAUAAUGUCGUCCUCUACAAAAUCGCAAAAUAAAUAUUCUAUUCUGUUACCCACUUACAAUGAGGUAGAAAAUUUACCUAUAAUAAUAUGGCUAAUAGUGAAAUGUAUGGAGAAAAGUGGUUAUGGCUAUGAAAUUAUCAUAAUUGACGACGGAAGUCCGGAUGGUACGUUGGAAGCUGGUGAACAACUACAAAAAAUUUACGGUUCAUCAAAAAUUGUUCUACGCCCAAGAGAAAAAAAGUUAGGAUUGGGUACAGCGUAUAUACAUGGCAUUAAACAUGCGACAGGAAACUUCAUAAUUAUCAUGGAUGCGGAUUUAAGUCACCAUCCAAAGUACAUUCCGGAAUUUAUACAACAACAAGAAAUACAUAAUUACGAUAUCGUAACAGGAACAAGAUAUUUAGGAAAUGGUGGAGUGCAUGGGUGGGAUUUUAAAAGGAAACUAAUAUCCAGAGGAGCUAAUUUCUUAACCCAAUUACUGUUGAGACCUGGCGUUUCCGAUUUAACCGGUUCAUUUCGUUUAUACAAAAAAGACGUUUUGCAAACAUUAAUUCAAAGUUGUAUAUCUAAGGGCUAUGUUUUUCAAAUGGAAAUGAUUGUUCGAGCGAGGCAGUGUCAUUUUACUAUAGGCGAAGUACCAAUUGCUUUUGUAGAUCGCGUUUAUGGGGAAUCAAAACUAGGAGGCUCUGAAAUUGUACAAUUUGCAACCGGUCUUUUGUAUCUAUUUGUGACUACAUAAAACUUAUUAUUAAUUUUGUUAAUUGCUCUAAAGUAUGAACUGUGAAAUAUUGGAUUAUCACAUUUUCUUUUAAUAAAUAUCAAAAGCAGUA